AUGGCCUUCUGGAGAACUUUAUCGAAGCUCUGCAAGGAAUUGAAUGACCUUCAUAUUGAAGCACUUUCAGUGAUAGCCAAUUGUCUUGAAGAUACGGAUACCAUGGUGCUGAUUCAGCAGACAGGAGGUCUUAAAAUGUUCCUAACAUUUGCAGAAAACUCUACAGUUCCUGAUAUUCAGAAGAAUGCAGCAAAAGCAAUUACUAAAGCAGCUUAUGAUGCUGAAAAUAGAAAACUUUUUCAUGAACAAGAGGUUGAAAAGUGCCUUGUAACCCUUUUGGGAUCUGAAAAUGAUGGAACUAAAAUCGCUGCUUCCCAAGCGAUUUCAGCAAUGUGUGAGAAUUCAGGCAGCAAAGAUUUUUUCAAUAAUCAGGGGAUUCCACAGUUAGUUCAGUUGCUAAAAAGUGACAAUGAGGAGGUAAGAGAAGCUGCAGCUCUAGCCCUGGCCAACCUGACCACUUGCAGUCCCGCAAAUGCAAAUGCUGUUGCAGAAGCUGAUGGUAUCGAUCCAUUAAUACAUACUCUGUCUAGUAAACGAGACGGGGCCAUUGCCAACGCUGCUACAGUCUUAACAAACAUGGCCAUGCAGGAGCCCCUGCGCGUGAGCAUCCAGGGCCACGACAUCAUGCACGCCAUCAUCAGCCCGCUGUGCUCUGCAAACACGGUCGUGCAGAGCAAAGCCGCCCUCGCCGUCGCUGCAACUGCGUGCGACGUGGAGGCCCGGACAGAGUUUAGAAAUUCUGGUGGAUUGGAGCCCCUUGUAGAGCUCCUGCGCUCAAAGAAUGAUGAAGUCAGAAGGCACGCCAGCUGGGCCAUCGUGGUCUGUGCCAGUGACGAGCUGAUGGCCGUUGAAUUAUGCAGGCUCGGGGCUUUAGAUAUCCUUGAAGAAGUUAAUCUAUCAGUAAGUCGAAAAAAUAAAUUCAGUGAGGCAGCUUAUAACAAACUGCUCAACAAUAAUCUUUCCCUGAAGUAUAGCCAGACUGGCUAUUUGUCAUCAAGUAACAUAAUUAGUGAUGGAUUCUAUGAUUAUGGUCGGAUAAAACGCGGCGCCAAAUUUUUGUCUUUGAAGGAGCUCUGCUUGCAAGAACCAAGUGAUCUACAUACUGUACUCUUAAUUAACAGUAAAUUUUCUGAUGUUUCUCCACCUCCAUCUACGGAAGAUAAAUCAUCAGAUGUUGGUUAUGGACGAAGUAUUUCUUCUUCAUCUUCCUUAAGAAGAGCAAGUAAAGAAAAGGCCAAUGCUGGGCUUGUAUCUCCCACGGAAAUGCUGGACUUGUAUCUCCACGCCCCUACCUCUGGACGAAAUACUGUUCUUAGCAAAAGCGCCGCUAAAGAAAAAGGAUUGAGGAAAGGCAGAGGAAAAAAAGAAGAGGAAAAAGUGAAAGAGGAGGAAGAGGUUAUGAUUGUACCAAAAUUGGUUGGCGAAGGAAGCUCUGACAAAGAAUGGUGCUGUCCCUCUGACCCUGAUUUCUGUGUUUAUGUGUCUGAAGUAACCAAAUCAAUACUGCCCAUAAUCAGUAUUAGAGAACAGAUUGAGGUUCUUGCAAAGUAUGUGGCAGAAAAAAUGGGUGGUGAGAUUUCAAAAGAGAAGCUACAUGAUUUCAGCUGGCAACUUCACAUAAGUGAACUAAAAUUUCAACUUAAGUCCAAUGUCGUACCAAUUGGAUAUAUCAAAAAAGGAACCUUCUACCAUCGAGCUUUGCUUUUCAAGGCUCUGGCAGAUAAAAUCGGUGUUGGCAGCUCUCUAGUUCGAGGGGAGUAUGGCAGAGCUUGGAAUGAAGUCAAGCUGAUGAACGAAUCUCGUAAAGGAGUGAUUGGGGGCCUCCCCCCUCCUGAAGUAUACAUUGUCGACCUCAUGUUCCAUCCAGGUGGACUGAUCAAGUUAAAAAGUAGAGAGGCCGACCUUUACAGAUUUCUUUAAACCAUCAAAUAAACACAUGGAGGGUCCAAGAAAUUCACUGUCUACACUUUCACAGAAGUUCACCAAUUGAUUUUAUUUAUUUCAAUAAAAGUAUUAAGAAUGUUCCGUCUGUGUAGUAACAAGGAAACUUGGAUUGAACUUGGGCGUGCUUCUGAUGUCAGGUUUUUGGCAAGAGUUCACAGUCUUAUUAGGUAAUUUUAUGCUCACCGUUCCUCACAUAAAGCUUACUAUUGUUGAAAUUAAUCCAGCCCACUGUUUCCUAAGGAGCAUCUCUGUAGUUUAGGAGUCUUUUAAAAGCACUCAGCUGCUGCUCCUGGGACAAUACUGUGGCCUGGUGUCUGUCAUUUUUUACGCCCAGAACGCUUCAGGAACACUUGCUUACAUAAACUCAAUGGGUUUUUAAUGUCUUCAGUCACCUUGUCUCACUUUUCAUUAAAUAAGAUUUUGAUAGUAGUUUAUUUAUAGAUCUAUUUUAGUAUUACAACUUUCUAAAAGAUUUUGUUCAUAUUUUAAAAACUUAUCAGUAAGAACUCUGUUUUAAUGUACUUCACUGAAUUAAAAAUAUUUAAAAAAUA